AUGAACUUGUUGGCCGACUGCGUUCUGUGGCACAUUAUGGCAGGCAAAACUUGUCACCCAGGAGGAUGGAGUUCCUUCCCCCUACCCAGCUCGCAUCCCCUCCAUCACCAGAGGGAAUCGACAGAGAUACCGCGCCUGCAUCGACAUCGAGCCCAACCAACCCGCCACCAGUACUGUCGCCGCCGUCGCAACAAAUGGAGCUGA